CCCCGGGCUCCUGGGACAGGAGUCGCCCAUCCCACCCGCACGAUGGGCUCCGAGGCGGCCCAGCUGCUGGAAGCUGCAGACUUCGCGGCUCGCAAACACCAACGGCAGCGGCGGAAGGACCCCGAAGGGACUCCUUACAUCAACCACCCGAUCGGUGUGGCUCGGAUCCUGACCCACGAAGCGGGAAUCACUGACAUUGUGGUGUUACAGGCAGCCCUACUCCAUGACACGGUGGAGGACACAGACACCACCCUGGAUGAGGUGGAGCUGCACUUUGGGGCACAAGUGCGGCGUCUGGUGGAGGAGGUGACAGACGACAACACUCUGCCCAAGCUGGAGAGAAAGCGGCUGCAGGUGGAGCAGGCACCCCACAGCAGCCCCGGGGCUAAACUGGUGAAGCUGGCAGACAAGCUGUACAAUCUGAGGGACCUGAAUCGCUGCACCCCAAAGGGAUGGUCCGAACACCGAGUCCAGGAAUACUUCGAGUGGGCAGCACAGGUGGUGAAGGGGCUUCAGGGAACAAAUCAACAGCUGGAAGAGGCUCUAAAGCAGCUGUUUAAGGAGCGAGGGCUGACACUCUGAGUAGUCCUUGGAGCCAUCUGGUGGCACAGACUCCACCCUUGCCCAGGCCAGAGAAGAUUCAUACUCCAGCCUUUCGGUGCCUCCUGAGCUUCCUCCCUGGUUCACUCGGCCCAGAUAUUGGAGACCAAAUACACGUGUCCUUUCUCUCUGAAGAUCUCCUGCCAACUAGGCUGAGCCCCAGAUUCUGGGAUGAUGCGUCCCAUUCUAUCCAUUUCUAAUGCAUCCACUGCCCUUCUCUAGGCCUUGGGUUUGUUUGCUCUUUUGCAUGGUGGGAUCUCCGGCCCCUCAGGGACUUGGGCUUAUAUAUAAACGCUAGUUUGAAAAUCAUUAUGCAAAAUAAAAUAUUUGGGUAAAGGGUUGAA